UCACACGAGCUGAGAGAGAGAAAGAAAGAAAGAAAUAGACAGAAAAGAAAAGGAGAAUGAGUGAUCAGCAGAUUUUAGAGAACGCAGGCCCAGUGCAGCGGCUGCAGCUCUUUAACUGCGUGCACGCGGACUGCGGAGCGACGUUCACGCGCCGGUGGCGUCUCGAGGAGCACGAGACCCUACACACUGGAGCGCGGCCACAUAAAUGCCCAGAAGAAGGAUGCGCGCUCCAGUUCUCGCGCAGGUCGCACCUCCGCAGGCACGCGCUCAAACACCAAGGCAGAACCAUCAGCCUGGCUUGUUGUUCCAGGUGCUCUGAGGCGAGCUGCGGAAAAACCUUCUACAACAGGGACAAGCUGAGGAGACAUGUCCGCUACGCGCACGCGGACAAGGAGCAGUACUUUAAGUGCACCUCUCCUGGCUGUGUGAUGACGUUCCGGAAGCGGCGUGCGCUGAAGCUUCACCAGGCGACUCACGGCAUGUCCUCCGGCUUCAGGUGCUCGAAGGCGGACUGCAGAAUGACGUUCAGCACACACAUCGCCCGAAAAGCUCACGAGAAGACCCACAGAGGUUAUCCCUGUCCUCACGCACAGUGUCCGGUGGUGGAGUACACCUGGGGUAAACUCCUGAAACACACCGCGACUCACCCAGCCUCACACUCCUGCUCCACGUGUAAGAAGACGUUUGUGAAACGCGGCGCUUUGCGGCGACACAGGCGCACACACGCGCUGCAGAAGCCCGUGCUGCUGUGUCCGAGCGACGGCUGCCAGGCGUACUUCUCCACCACCUUCAACCUGCAGCACCACAUCCGCAAAGUCCACCUGAAGCUGCUGCGCCAUCUCUGCUCCUUCCCCGGCUGCGACAAAGCCUUCGCCAUGAGGGAGAGUCUGGUCCGUCACAUGCUUCAUCACGACCCUGACGCCGCGAAACUCAAGCGGAGACCGAAGCGGAGCAGUAAGAGCUGGCAGAAGCGUCUGGAGGGUCGAGCCCGGCGCGCGCUGGUGGAAGACGAUCUGCGGCGUCUGUUCUCUCUGCGCAUGCGCGUCUCUCGCCGCACCAAGCUGGAGGCCAACCUGUCUGGAUUAUUCAACGAGCGCAAAAUCCCACACCACGUCGACCCUGAGGUGAACCUGCGGGACCUCUUCAGCAUCAAACCCCCGCAAAAGGUCGAAGGUUAAACUGUGACUACAUGCUGGAGUAGAAAAUUGGCUUUUUCAUUUUCUAAACACUCAGGAUGACAGGAAGUCAAAUUUUCUUGUUUUUUUUUGUACUGAAGUGAGAUUUAAGUUAAAAUGGAACUGAGUGUAAUUUUGAAGAGGAUUUGAGUUUUUUUUUUUUUUUCUAAACGCAGUGGAUUGACUGCAAAUGUAAAAAUAAACACGGCUUUUUGUUGAAAGUAAAAUAUGAAAGCGGUAUAAAUGUCCCCUGUGUGUGUGUGUGUGUGUGAGAGAGAGAGAGAAGUAAGGCACUUAGUGAAAUGAGUUUUCUCCUCUGAGAUCAGGCUGUAAAUUUAUUUAUUCAUUAAUCUCAUGGCUGUACUGUAAUAACCUCAGUUAAUUUUGGGAAUUUAAGUUUGAGAACCAGUGCUUUAAGUUUUUGUAAAUCUCCUACGUGACUAAAAUAAUAAAUGGACAGAAGCUGAA